CGCAUCGUGCCAAAGUGCUUCCUUUAUUUUCGCAACUGGCGUAGUGUAAAUUAAGGUGCCAUAUAUGAUAAAUGAAUCUAAAACACAAUAGUGAUUGUGACAAUAAGCCGGUUGUUAAUUGGCAGCAAAAUGAAUGCCAGCAAAGAGACGAAGAGCGCCGCAAAGGGACAAAAGAAGUUACAAAAGACAAAUAAAAAGCAGCAGCAGAAGCAGCAACAGCAACAACAACAACAGCAACAGGCCAUUAAUGGCAGUAAAAACGGGAUCAGUAAACCGGCCACGAAUGCAAAAACCAAACCAAGCGAUACAAAGCCCAAUAAUCGCAGCAACAACACCAACAACAACAUCAGCAGCAACAACAAUAACAACAACAACAUGGUGCAAAAUAAUAACAAUUCACAAUCUAUGAUUGGCACAACUCCAGCUACGACGACGCCGAACAUUACGCAAAAAUUCAAGGAGCAGUACGAGGCGGAGCGGCGCGCCACCAUGUCGCAGUUGCCCAGCCUGGAUGCGCUGCCCAAAAUGGAGCGUACGCAUAGCUUUCGCGGCAAACUGUCCCGGUUGUUCAAUACGUUGACGGGCAGCAAGGAGAAUCUGGCACGCAGCGACGAGGCGAAGGACGAGGCGGGCAAAACGCCGUUCACGUUUACGCGCAGCCGUUCGAUGAUCUUGCUGCGACGACCCAAUCGGCGCAGCUUUAUUGAGCCGAUGCUGGAGCAGCUGUCGGAGGAGGCGGAGAAGUCGGGUGAUCCCAUGUCGCCGGCAUCGCCGCGCAAGAAUUCAAUGGCUGAGAGCGGUGCGGGCGAUACGUGUUCGCCCAUAAUGCGACGACGUGCCGAUACCGCCAGCUCGAUUUCGACGCCGCCGCGACGACAGUCCACUCAGGCGCUGACCUCGACGCCGCUGGAGGAGACGGAGUCGCCCGCGCCGCGCAAGUCCCUGACGCCCGCCGAUGCCAGCUACAAUCCGCAGCUCAAUUUCCAAAAGCGGCGCUCGAGCACGCUCAUUGCCUCCUUCAAGAGCACGUUUAGUGGACUGACGGGCAGUGACAAUGGCGAGCAGAAAAAGGAGAAAAAGGACAAGAAGGAGAAAAAGGAUAAGAUGAAUCCCAAGUGGAGCGCCUCGCUGCAGUCGCUGCAAGCCAUCGACAAUAUGGUCAGCUAUGCCAAUAUGUCGUUCAUUGACUACGACAAGUUCAAUGGCUAUGAGAAGCAACUGGAACGCCAGCACUCGCUGAUGAGCCUGGCCGCAGCUGAGCAGCAGCAGCCGCCCGGCCCAACGCCCCAAUUGCCAUUGCCAGCCACCGCCAGCAGCCCCUACUACUCGCAUUCAUCCUCACCCCUCGGUGAUGCCAAUGGGAGUAGAGGCGCCGCUAGUCUGCCCCUGCCGCGCACGCCCUCCUUCGCCGGCACCUCCCUGGAGAGCACGCCAAAGACCGUGGUGAGGCGUCGCAAGCGCAGCAGCAGCUCCUUGCUCGCACGCCAGCAAUCCGCUUCGACUCGCAACAGCAGCCAGAGCUCCUUUAAUCUGGACACGGAUUUCGAGCACAAUUUGGACAGAAUGCAAAAUGUCUACAGGGAAAGCCUGGACUCGCGCACCCUCGAGCUGCUCAAUCAGCGUUCGCGCAACUCCUACAUUCAGGACCAGCCAAUGCUCUUUGAUGCACUCAAUCUGGAGGAUGGCUCUGCGAAUCGGCGCUGUGCGCUCUGCGCUCAGCGUGUCGUCAGGGCCAACAGCUUUAAGCAACAACGGGACACCGUGGAUGGGCGCGGGAAGCCCAAAAUACAGCUGAAAUCAAAAAGUCUCACCCACUUAGAUGGCCUCGACACGUUGGUGCCCUGCCAACAUGGAGCUGCCGCACCCACAACGGCCACCGACACCAUCGCAUCCCCGGGCAUGUCAGUGCCAGCGGCCACGCCUGGACAACAGACGCAGGCGGGGGAAAUACGACAACCCCCCAAGGUAUGCCAGCCGUCUUCACAAACCAUGCCCACAACUUGUCCACCGCCCACGAUUUAUACGCAAGCUCCGCAACUUGUGCGCCGAUCUCCGUCCCUGAUGCUCUCGCCGGGCUGCAGUCAGGCCUCGGGCAUCGGGUCAAGUGUUCGCUGCAGCGUUAGCUCCAGCCAGCAUCCGGCGUGCAGCAGUGCGUCGGCGACCAGCUAUUUGACACCUUCCACUAAAAAUGUGCAGAGCAAUAUUAACGACAAUUUUCCAACAUCGCCGAUCGGCUCAGCUACGAUAAUUCCACAUAGCUACUAUGGCGGCUCUAAGACCGUGACCUCAACGACGAUGACGUCAUCGUUAAUACAUCGCAAGAAACCAUUAUUGACACGCAGCGAGGUUUCAAGCUCGGAAUUCUUUUCGGUAUCCUUUUGCUUGGAUGCAAUGCAAUGCCAUGACGAGGAGUUCAUACCGGCAACCAAAGGCACUACAUUACAAAAUGCACUUAAACAGCUGCUGCACAGGCGAAACCUGAGCUUUUCACAGAUCAAAAUUACAGACAAUAAUCCCACGUUCAGCUAUUUAGAUACAGGUCCAACGAACUUGACAGGCCAUUUGGACGAAAAUACCGAUGUUGAGAACUUGGCUGGACAUCAUCUUGUGAUCACCGAACGCGACAACAGUCGAAAAUCGUUGCAAAAAGCAGCAUCAUUUGGCUCUCGACAGCGACCACCGCGACUUUUAUCUUCCGCCUCAACAGAGGAGACAAGCGAAUCAGGCAAUGCAACGGGCAAACAGAUACUUGGUCGUUGGUCUUCCAUAUUUGGCAUUAAGAACCCGCAGCAGAGUCAACUUUAUGACCUGCUCAACAACUAUGCAAAGAAUGGUGUACCCCAGCGUCCAGAUGCUUUAAACUUUGAACAUCCCGCGCUCGCUGAUUCACUGAACUAUCUGCACAAUAUGGACAAAUCUUGGCGGGAUUUUGUCGAUAGCAAUGCCAUGAGUGAUAGUGAGAUUAAGAUACAAACUGCCAUAUGGGAGCUGGUCACCACUGAGGUCUAUUACAUUCACGCCCUGCAAACGGUUACAGACCUCUUUCUGGCCUGUUUGGAGGCUGUGCAGGAGGAACGCCUGCUGAUUGACGUCGAUCAGCACAGGCUGUUCUCAAAUGUACGAUCUGUGUGCGAGGCAAACAUUAAAUUCUGGACCAUGUGGCUAUAUCCGAUGGUGGCUCAUAGCAUUAGGACUCAUGAGCCACUGAGGUGUGCCUUUUUCCAGGAGGGUUUCAUUUCCUUUGCCUCUAUCUUUGCACCCUAUAAGGUCUACUGCGCGGAGCAAAGUACCUGUCAGUUUUACUGCAAGGAGCUGAAUCAAAAUAAUGCCCUGUUCACUGUCUACUUGGCCUGGUGUGAGUCACAGAAGAUGUGCAAUCGUUUGCGCCUGGCCGAUAUCGUUGUCCGUCCCAUGCAGCGCUUAACCAAGUAUAGUCUAUUGCUUGCGGCUAUCAAGAAGCAUAUGAGCGAUGUGGAGGAAAUCGAAGUCAUGGACAUUAUGAUACACAGCGUGGAGAAUUUUGUGGGUAGCGUCAAUAACCAUUUGACAAUGCGGCAGGAGAGUGAACGCCUCAAGGGUGUUAUGGCACGCAUUGAAUCCUACGAUGUGGUGGACACCAACAACGAGGUGCUGGACAAGCUGAUCAAACAGCACAGUCAAAUGUUUGAUCUGUGCGCACCAAUGCGCGGCUGUCCCGCCAGCCAUGUGCGUCAUCUGUUUAUGGAGGGGGAUCACAAGUUCAAGGACAACGUUGGUAAAAGCGAUGUGCAUUGUUUUCUGCUGACCGAUAUACUGCUCGUAUGCAAAAGCAUGGCCAAGAAGGGAUUGGGGGCGCUUAAGGUCAUACGCCAACCAUAUCUGACCGAUCAUUUGAUCGUCCAUCUGGCGCACAACAACACGCUGAACUGCGUAUAUCUCAAUGAGUUCCAGGUGGCCACCACAGCCUUUACUCUGCAGUGCACCGAGGCCAAGAACUGGUACGAUGCCCUCUGGCGCGCCAAGACCAUAUACCAGAGACUGAAGCGGGGCAAUGGAGGCGACAGCUUUCGCUUUGGCGGCAGUGGUACCACUGGCGAUUCCCUCGGUGUGCGCAAGUCGCCCAUUAACUCAUCGAUCGGCAGCCAUGUGUCCAGUGCAAACAAUAGCCACAGCGGCAGCGUUGAGUGGAACGAUUCCCGGAAUAUAUCCGUUGAAUUUGAAAAAACCAAUUCACUCUCCAGCGACGAGGGCUCCAGCCUAAUGGGCAACCAGGGCUUGGCGUCGAAGGGCAAACAGCAAUUGUUGAGGGGCGUGCCAAAGCCAAAGAUUGGCACGAUUCCAUCGACAUCGGCCAAUACCCUAUCCGUGCAGCCCGUAAACCAUUUGGGCCAGAGUUUGCCCAAUCUGAACCUGCAACACAACCAAACUAACAAUACAUUGCUUGUGCCGGGCACAACUACUAGUCACUCGGGUAUUUUAUUGUUGUCGCCCAGUCAUCGCGGCAUUUCCUAUCCACCGCCGAGUCCAACUAGAGUGCCGCUUAAGCGCGGCAUGGCAUUCUCCACGUCCACGAAGAACCCACCCCUGCUGAAGACGCGCAAUAUUACUUCUCAGAACAGUAUUAAUUGGCAUCAGAUACCCGCAACGCCCACGCCGCCCAGUCCGCGAUCGCAGCACAGCUCGCCCAGCAAUCCAAACCAGGCCUGCAAUGUUGGUCUGCCGGGCGCCACAGAUCCAAGGAUGCUGCAGAAACAGAUAUCCCAUCAGAUGCCCUUGCAGACGGCCAAGCAGAGCAAUUUGGACCUCCAGCGACAUUUAAGCAAUGAAACCGACGUUUAAAGCAGCCAUUUGGCCAGCAACAACAACAAUAAAUAGGAGAUUAGGUAACACAUUAGAUAUAAACAAAAAAGAGAAUAAUAAUAACAAAACACAUUGGCUUCUCCUUGACAAGGUCACCAAUAGAGUUGGUCAAUGUAGUUGCUAAUACUGCACCUUUUGGGUCCAAAUACAAGAUACAAAUAUAAUAAACAUUCCGACUAAGUGCUACCCAUUCCCAUUGUCUAUCCAUAUACAAGUCUACUAAUGCAUAUAAACAUAUUAAACUGUUAUACGAAUACAUUCAGAAGUACUCUUC